ACAGGACUCCACAUUCCGCCAUCUUGUUUCGGGUCUGUGUACAUUGCAGUAUGACUUGCUAGGCUGCGAUAAAAACGUCGUGGUUCUUUCCUCUCUCGAACGUCUUCCAACAAUUAUCAGCAAUGAUUCUUGCCGAGUACCUUCCCGGUGGGUAGCCGUGGGUGUCCUAGAAGUCUGAAACGGUCGAUUUGGGUCAUUUUGCAGCCGGCGAACUCGCGGUGUCAACUUCGCACGACAUUGUUCGUUUUGUUGUGGAGUUCGUGACCUAGCCGGGGCAACGGGGACUUAACCGCCCGGGAAUGCAGCUGCUUCGCGCCGGUCGAUUUCAGCUCCGUGGUCGAUAAAAUAAACCCCGUUAGCAACAUUUUUUGAAUUCUUCACACUUUCCAAACAAGUUGAGGGAAACUUUCUGAUCCUCUGGGAAUCAUUUGGCAAACAUUUUGUGCAGCAAGAACCCCGUUUUUUUAGAGGCAAAUUUUACAAAAUUUUGUCAUUUUUGGUUCGAGUGGAGAAUGAAGGUGGAGUUGCUACGGUGUUGCUGGUAAAACAACGGUCAUGAAAGGCCACAUCAUGGCGGGAAAGAAAACAAGAAACAGAAAUAUUCUGACCCUGGACAAAAUGGAAAUACGGGGUAUUUCGUCCCGGUCAGACAACUACCCAUCCCUGGAGCGACCCGAUGACGUCAUCCCCAUGCACUACCUCAACAGUGUCAACGAAGCUAUCCACAGCUAUGUCACACCCUGCACUAGUGGCAUGUCCUCCCCAUCGGAAGAUGACGUUCAGAGACCCACCUUCUUACUGAUGUCUAACAGCGGUGGGCUGACGUCUGGGAACUCCACAGAGAGGAGUAGUCUCUUCUCAUGGGCGGAUGAUGAAUUUGACAAGCAAGCAGGCAAGACGGUCCAUCGUAUGUUCCAGGAAAUCGACGACAUGCUGUUUGAAGGGCAGAAGAACGCAACUACCUCAGUUCAACUAGAAAACGAGUGUAAAGAAUGGAACUCCAGAUUCCCACACUUAAGAAUACUUGGUCAGCAGCUGAUCACACCGUGUGACCUGGGCUACCAGUUCAUUCCCCACACAGCUCCUAGGCCAGCCACGGCAGAGGAACUCAUGGACCUAGGGGAGAAUGAAUACCCCUCCGAUACUAGUCAAGACCCACAAGGGUUAUCGAUAGUUGGCAGUCGGUUGCGACCUAUUGACCCUGUGGCUACCAUGGGGUCAAGUCAGGACGAGACAGUCAGACAGCAGCUCACCGAUAUGGAAGAGGAGAUUCUCGAAUCGGACGGCGUCAUUGAGGAGUACUUCGCCUACGAUCGCUUGAAACCCUGGGAGGAGGAUAGUCACGAACAGAAGAGAUACCACGCCCCGCGGAGAAAAGGCUUCCCACCGCUGACACCAAAUGCCUGUGUACAGAACUCCAUCUACAGUCAAUGCUUUGAUGUCAUGUGGACUGAGGUGGUUGGAUGGAUGAGGUUACUGCUGGCCAGACACUGGGAGUUGCAGGCAGAGAUUAAGAAGUUUUCCAGCCCGGAAGACGUCUCUUCCUCCAUGUCUGUCCUUCAUCCUGUCCAGCCGUCCUUUGAUCUCAGUUACAGCCCCUACCCGUUUGGUUCUCAAAUGGGUAGGGGGUUACUCGAUGGUCCGUCCAAUAAGCUAGCCCCAAUGGGCUCCGGGCGAUUAAACACAGCGCCCUCUUUCAACAUCUCAUUGGCCAAUCGGCAGAACCUGACAGGGGUCAUGACGAUAUCAUCCAAGGCUCUCCACAACAGACCCAACGAUAGGGAUACUAGGGCCCCCUCAGCACUGGGGGAGGAGCUACAAACAUUACCCCUUCAGAUUGGUCUGCAUGUCAAUCGGCCUGGCUCCAGCACCCUUCUCCAAAUCAACCGGUCCAACCGGCCAACUAGCGUCAAGACCACAGAUAACUACAACUAUCGGUUAACAUCUGCCCGAGGCAGGGCGAGGCUGCGACCCAUUGACCGGUCAAAGACACCCAACAUGGAGGGGAUUAUCACGGGAAAGAGAUUAACCACGGCUAGUGACAGACUAGGCUCCCCUCCCCACCCAGGGGUAGCCACCUCCCCACCCUAUCACUGGAGUCGCGGCACGGCCCUCCCACCCAUUGAGGCAGUCCAGGAGAUGCAGACCAAACAAGAAACGCCCAGCAAUGAGACUAAACCGUCCAAUAAUACAAGCAAUAGAGCAUCGUCUAAAUUCCGAAUAUCAAGCGCAGCAGCUGACGACAGGGGAUUGAGACUGAAAGAUAGAUCAGCGACGUUCAUAUCAGAAUCAAGACCCAACACAACACACACAUUCAGGUCUGAUACUCCGUUUGGUAUCCUCAAUCGACGAUCUUCAACUCCGCAAUCUUUUAGCCUCUUCAAGUCCUCAGCUGCAGCUCCUCCUGCCGGUGGUAACCAUGGGAUAAUGACAGGCAUUACUGGCAUCAGUAUCGGUAUACCAGGCUCACAAACACACAUAGACACUCCUGUCAAUCAGUACCCAAACAACCAAGCUGGCUACUUUAAAGUGUUAUAGCAAUGGGCUAACGCUGCCAUGGCGGGAGUCGAACCUUAGACCAUUCAAGUGCGUACCAUGCGGUGGAGUGUAUUAUUUGGAACAGGCUAGCACAGCCAGGGUGGGAUAUGGACCUCGGACUGUGAUAGCAUGUGCCAAAUAGCGGUUGGAUUUCGACAGGAGUUUACAGCUAUGGUUGGAUGUGAACCGUAGACUGUGAUAGCUUGUUUCAAGAUACUUGGACCGGUUGACUUGAAACAGCCAUGGCUGUGCUGAAACUGCAGUCUGAUCAACUUGCAACAGGCCAGCAAUAUGCUGACUUUGGUGGAGUGUGAACCAGUGACUGAUAGAACAUGUAAACUUGUAUGAUGUUUGAGCAUUCUUCCUAAUUGCAUGGCAGGAUUUGGACCUCACACCAUGAAAGUAGGUUGCAAGAACUUUAAACUGAUCACUUGUAACAAGUUAACACAUUGAAGUGGCAUAUCAGUUUAUAGUGGGACUACAUUUACUUACUGUACAAAAAAAUUGUAUAUUGGAAAUGUAUAAAUGUACAUUAAUCAAAAUGAAAUACUACAAUAUUCACUGAUAAUUGGACAAUAAACCCUGGGACAAAAUUGAUGAUUUAAAUUAUUUAGUUGAAAUAUUAAACUGUAAAAAGUGUAGGAACAAAGUGUACUUUGAAAGACAAAUUUUGAAAUUAUUUCCUACAUUAUGGGAAUGUUUAAGUCUAUAUCUAUGUGUCUUACUCCUAUCUAUUAUUUCACAUUCCAGUUAGAGUUGUACUUAUUUUUGUAGUACAUGUUUAUUUGUGGUUUUUUUUUUUAAGUUUCUUUAUGUGUAAUCUCAUCAGAGGUAUAUAUUCUGCACAACCCCCCCCCCCCCCAAACGUUGACAAAACAAAGAGCUUUGACAUAUUUAAAAGUCAUUGCUUUCUGUAAUAAGCACUGCACCCAGGCAGAUAUGAGUUAAUUUGUACACAUUCAGAUGAAAGUUAGUCUUGCGUACCCCACACCGUUUACAUUUGAAUAUUUGCUUUUAUUGCUUCUUUUCACGUUUCAUGUGUACUAUUCAUGUUGUCUUUGUGGUGUGGGCACUUUUUGACCGACUAUUUUUACAAAAACUGAUUUUUUUUUUUUUUUUUUUUAAAUCUGAAAUACGAUUGAAUGAUAUUGUGUGUGUGUUUGCAGAAACUAAACACAAACGGGUACUUAACUAAAAGUGAAUACUUAUAUACUUUCUGGUUUUGCAGAAAGAGAUUUUGAAGAAAGCUCUUCAGAAGAAACAAUUUGUCAGUCCUGUCAGACAUGUUGUCUGAUUUUUUUUAUUUUAAGAAAAUCACAAAGUACUGAUGUGUUUUUUGGCGUGACAAAGUUGAAUGAAUUGUGGUGGCAUUGAAAAAGAAACUUCAAAUUUGUAAACAUAAUUAACAGUUUUGAACAACUUGUCAGACUUUUGAGGACUUGAUGCUGCCACUGUCGAGCAAUAGCUUGGUGAUUGAGAAGCCAAGAUGACUUCACUAAAAAACAGGAGGUCGUCAGAAUCUUUAGUACAAGGAUUUUUUUUCUUGCAUGAUCUUGUACACAGGGCUUAGACGAUGAAGGCAGCCAGCAAAAACCUCAAAUUGAAAUUCAUGUCAUUUGAUCAUUUUGAACAAAGAUUUAGACGUGAAAAUAUAUCCACCCCUAAAAGAAUUUGUGUGUGUACAAUUGUUACGGUAGAGGACUGCUAUGUGCACAGAUCAAACACUUCAAAGCGUGCAGUGGUCUGGACAUAAAAGUUUGUGUUGCUGGUUAGGAAAUCUUGAAUUAUACUGCUUGACAUGAGUGUGUGACUUAGUGUUUUGUUGUUUUCUUUUUUUCCAGUGUUCUAGACUUUUUCUGAUUAAGGAGUUUGUAUGUAAGAAUAUUAUUCAACACACUUGUUAACAAAGUGAAAGAUGUAAGUAAUGUAAUAUAUUAUACCGGAUGUACAUUGGACAGAAUCUAUAAUUUGAAGUAUCUCUUUUUGGUAGUGAUCGCCCUUCAGAUAUAUUAUCUCAGAGAAAAAUAAAACAGUUCCCUCAGUUUCGAGUGGAGUUUUGAUCAUAUAUGA